CAACAGAUACGCCAGAGUUUAAAGGUCACAGAGCGACACCGGUUAGCGGACGACAGUCAAUGAAGCUCCUCACAUGGCUGUUCGACUACUGAAGGUAUCAUCUGUCGCCACUGCAGUGUUGGCAUCGUCAGGAUUCUACUUGUACAGCAAAAAUGUGGACUUCAAUGAUCUCAGCAUCGUCAGAUUUGGCAGGGCAGCUGCGACAACGGCUGUCAUCAGUUAUGACUACCUCACCACUCUCAGAGAUGUACAGUAUGGGACAGAGGAGUACUGGGCUGUCAAAUCAAAGGUUCACAGGCGUUCAGCAGAGAGGCUCCGGGACUUGUGUUGUUCGAAUAGAGGCACCUUCAUUAAAGUAGGGCAGCACCUGGGAGCCCUAGACUACCUCCUGCCUGAGGAGUACACCAGCACGCUGAAGGUCCUGCACAGCAGAGCACCUCAGAGCAGUAUGGAGGAGAUCAGGCAGGUCAUACGAGAAGACCUGGGAAAAGAGCUCAGCGAUCUUUUCAUCCAGUUUGAGGAAAAGCCUCAAGGGGCCGCCUCCCUCGCUCAGGUCCACAAAGCGGUACUUCCUGAUGGUAGGACGGUGGCAGUGAAGGUGCAACAUCCCAAGGUCCAGCACCAAAGCUCCAAGGACAUUGUUGUGAUGGAGUUUCUCCUGCAGGUUGUCCACUGGUUGUUUCCAGACUUUGCCUUUAUGUGGCUGGUGGAAGAAGCCAAGAAGAACAUGCCUCUAGAGCUGGACUUCCUCAAUGAGGGACGAAACGCUGAGAAAAUAGCAGACAUGCUCAAGCAGUUCAAGUUUUUGAAGAUCCCGAAGAUUCACUGGGACCUUUCCACCAAGCGUAUUCUAACCAUGGACUACGCAGAGGGUGGUCAGGUCAACGACCGAGAGUACAUGAGGAGAAACGGCAUCAAUGUCAAUGAGAGCUACGGGGAGUUAGCAGAGCUGGUGGGAAACAGAGCUGGAGGCUGCAAGAGGAAAUUAGUCUGCUCUCUGGAAGGGCAUCCGAGCAGGGAUCUCUAUCCUCUGUUCGCUUGUGUCCUCACCGCCCGCUCCUGGAAGUCAGUAAAUGUUGGCAUCAGCCAGACACCUGUCACUCAAUCUGAGGUGCUGAACCAGGACUUCAGGUUGGACUACUGCAGACUGUGGCAGAGUUUGAUAAAGGGAGACUUGAAAGGCAUCGAGCGUUACAGCAGGCGUCUGGGCGCAGGGGAUCUCUAUCCUCUGUUCGCUUGUGUCCUCACCGCCCGCUCCUGGAAGUCAGUAAAUGUUGGAAUCAGCCAGACACCUGUCACUCAAUCUGAGGAUGUGGAGAUCCAAACGAAUGCGGCGCUGUACCUCCCUCAGAUCAGUGAGCUGCUGAACAGGAUUCCCCGACAGAUGCUGCUGCUUCUGAAAACCAACGACCUGCUGAGAGGCAUCGAGACUAUCCUGCAGACUAGAGCCAGCUCCAGCUCCUUCAUCAAUAUGUCCCGCUGCUGUACCCGUGCCAUUGCCAGACACAAGAGGAGUAAAACCAAGUCUCGGACCAGGCGACUGCAGAUCUCUCUGUCUGAGCAUUGGUCUCUCUGCCAGAUAGGCCUGUAUGAACUUAUGGUGUGGCUCCGCAGCUCCACGCUGGCCAGAUGGGUCUGUUACCUCCUCAACUUCCUGCCCUACACAAACUGAGAGCCUUGAACCAGGCCAUUACUCCGCACUGAGCUCAACACACUGCCAAGUGCAUUGUGGGUUGAUCACGGACUGUUUUUAAUGAAAGCUCAAAGUAAAAGUGUCUUUUUUUUGUUGUUGCUUGUUUAGUUUUAGUUUUUUAACUUAACUGACAGCCAUAAUCAUGAGCGGUGACUGAUCAUGUGAUUAAUUAGUCAUGUGAUCUGUAUGUGUGAGCAAAUGCUCCAUGCAUGUUUGCUUUCUUCUAAAGUAUCCAAAUGAUAUUUUUUACAGUACUGUAAGUUAGUUUGCAUCGUGCAGUACCUCAGACUUGUGAAAUCACUUCUGGAAUCAGCAUUGAGCUGCAAUGGGCACAUCACGUCUACAGAAUUUCAUGGAAAUUCUUCAUUUUACAUUCCUUCAGAUUUCAGAACAUCUCAAACAUUUUAAUAUAACAGUUACAGAAUAACAUUAAAACAAUUAUAAUUUAUUUUGGGAUUUAUUAGAUUUCCUUGAAACUGGUUUAUAAGUCAUGCUGGAUCAAUAAA